CCUCCUGUUCCUCCCGCUGUUGGCUUCGCCGCCGCGCUCACACGCCACGACGGCCUCUCUGAUCUUGUCCACCACCUUCAUCUCCCCCCUCCCUCAAUGCAGGAAACGGACGAGAAGAACGCGAUUUUCUCAGAGGCGGUCACGCAACACCGACACCGUUGGGAGAGAGAGAGAGAGAGAGAGAGAGAGAGAGAAUGGCGGAUGCCGGAGGAGGCGAGACAUCGUUAGAGUUCACGCCGUCGUGGGUGGUGGCUCUAGUGUGCUUCAGCAUCGUGUUGAUUUCUAUUGUCGUUGAUAGAUUUCUUCUUUGCAUCGGCAAGCUUCUGGAGAAGUACAAAAUGUGGGCUUUCGUCGGCGCCUUACGGAAGAUAAAAGAAGAGUUGAUGGUACUGGGUUUCAUAUCGCUGCUCUUAGCGGUGUUCCAAAAUAGAAUAGGGAAGAUUUGCAUCUCGGAGCGACUCGCCAACGUCUGGCUUCCUUGCAAGAAGACGGACUCUUCUUCUACCGUCACCAGUUUCACCCCUAGUCCCUUUGCUUCCAGCGGAACACAAGGACGCCGCCUCCUUGCCGAAGCUUCUGCUGCCACUGAUUACUGCAGUCAAAAGGGGAAGGUGGCAUUGUUGUCUGUCGAAGCCCUCCAUCACCUGGACAUCUUCAUAUUUGUGCUAGCUACCAUUCAUGUGGUCCUCUGUGCGCUUAAAGUCCUCCUAGGAUAUCUCAAGAUACGUCAAUGGAACAAGCUGGAGGAACAUAAUGUAGGGAGCACACAUUAUUCUAAGCUGCGAAACGAAAUAUUCGAGAACAAGCUGGAGAAUUAUCGUAGCAACAGAGUUCAAUGCUUUUUCGCCGAAUUUGGCAACAAAACAGCCGUGCACGGCUGGGUGAUGUCGUUUUUCAAGCAGUUUUAUCCUUCUGUGACCGAGUUUGAGUACAUCGCUCUUCGUCUGAACUUCAUCGAGGCACAUGAUUUGAACAAUCCAAAGGAAGAUUUUCAGAAGUACAUAAUCGAGGCCGUGCAAAAGGACUUUGAGAAAAUGGUUGGAAUCAGCUGGUACUUGUGGUUAUGCGCAGUGAUCUUUUUGCUCGUGAACGUAGCUGGAUGGCACGCCUACUUUUGGAUAUCUUUCAUUCCGUUGACUGUUCUGCUCAUCGUCGGCACCAAAUUGGAGCACAUGAUCACGCAACUAGCAAAACAGGUUGCUGAAAAUCAUUCACCAAAUGAGACUGGCAAGAGUAGAAAGGAGCUGGCUGUUGGAUUCUCAAAAGACAAUUUCUGGUUCCGCAGCCCUCGUCUCUUCCGCAUUUUGAUUCACAUCGUGCUGUUCGAGAACUCUCUGGAGAUCGCUUUCUUCUUCUUUAUAUUGUUCCAAUAUGAUUUUCACUCCUGCGUUAUGGGAAAAGUUGGUUUCGUUGUCCCCAGAAUAGCAAUAGGUGCGUUCGUCCAGUUCAUGUGCAUCUACAGAACAAUACCGCUAUACGCCAUUAUGAAAUCACAGAUGGAUCAGAACGAGAACCAAACGGGCAAAGAGGCGGAGAUGUGGAUCGUGACUAUGAGUUCGAAGAUGAUCGAUAAAAUAAUCGACAAAGUAAAGGAGACGAGAUUGAAAAAGGUGGCCGAAAGAGUCGAAUCGAGCCAAACGGGUUCGAGCGAGGGAUCUAUCGGAGUUAAGACGGCAGGAUCCGAUGACAUGAAUUCGACAGCAGACAUUGAAGCACCGAACAGAUGA